GUAGACCUGGAUGCUGGCGAGAUAGAUGAUAUCUACCAGAGGAAGAAGAGGAGGCGGCCAAGUCACUGCCCGUUCCCGGUCCCUCUUUCGCUUUCCUUUCCUUCUCCCUCAACCCUCCGCCCUCCAGUAAAUCAGCCCGCCUUCCCUGACCUCAGUGACCCGGGUGACCCCGCCCACUCUAGUCGACGUGAUUCCCGCCGUGAGGUAAAGCGCCGGUGGAACCCCGAGCCCGGCGGAAGAGGAGGACGACGAGAGGGGGAGGCUGCUGGGCCUGGCUAGGGCUCGUCGCGGAGCCGCGGCGAAGGGGGCGUUCAGGUGGUCCUCUCGCUCUUCCAUCAGCUCAUUGCGACGUAGCCUUCCAGGCCUAGGCCUCCUCCUCAUCCCUGCCGGGCCCGGCCUCUGGCAGCAGCGGGUGACGCAGAAGGAACAUCAUGUCGUCCGCGGCCGACCCUCCGCCACCCCCGCCUCCCGAGAGCGCGCCUUCCAAGCCCGCAACCUCGGCCGCCGGCAGCGGGAACAACAACAGCAACAAAGGCGGCCCCGAGGGCGUCGCAGCCCAGGCGGCUGCCUCUGCGGCCAGCGCCGCCGCCGCGGACUCCGAGAUGGAGGAAGUAUUUGAUGAUGCGUCUCCUGGAAAGCAAAAAGAAAUCCAAGAACCAGAUCCUACCUAUGAAGAAAAAAUGCAAACUGACCGGGCAAAUAGAUUUGAGUAUUUAUUAAAGCAGACAGAGCUGUUUGCACAUUUCAUUCAGCCUGCUGCUCAGAAGACUCCAACCUCACCUUUGAAGAUGAAACCAGGGCGCCCACGAAUAAAAAAGGAUGAGAAGCAGAACUUGCUGUCAGUUGGCGACUAUCGGCACCGAAGAACAGAGCAAGAGGAGGAUGAAGAAUUAUUAACAGAAAGCUCCAAAGCAACCAAUGUUUGCACUCGAUUUGAAGACUCUCCGUCAUAUGUAAAAUGGGGUAAGCUGAGAGAUUAUCAGGUCCGAGGAUUAAAUUGGCUCAUUUCUUUGUAUGAGAACGGCAUCAAUGGUAUCCUAGCAGAUGAAAUGGGCCUGGGAAAGACUCUUCAAACAAUUUCUCUUCUUGGGUACAUGAAACACUAUAGAAACAUUCCUGGUCCUCAUAUGGUUUUGGUUCCUAAGUCUACAUUACACAACUGGAUGAGUGAAUUCAAGAGAUGGGUACCAACACUUAGAUCUGUUUGUUUAAUAGGAGAUAAAGAACAAAGAGCUGCUUUUGUCAGAGACGUUUUAUUACCAGGAGAAUGGGAUGUAUGUGUAACAUCUUAUGAAAUGCUUAUUAAAGAGAAGUCUGUUUUCAAAAAAUUUAAUUGGAGGUACUUAGUUAUAGAUGAAGCUCACAGGAUCAAAAAUGAAAAAUCUAAGUUGUCAGAAAUAGUGAGGGAAUUCAAGACUACAAAUCGACUAUUAUUAACUGGAACGCCUCUUCAAAACAACUUGCAUGAGCUUUGGUCACUUCUUAAUUUUUUGUUGCCAGAUGUCUUUAAUUCAGCUGAUGACUUUGAUUCCUGGUUUGAUACAAACAAUUGCCUUGGGGAUCAAAAGCUAGUUGAGAGGCUUCAUAUGGUUUUGCGUCCAUUCCUCCUUCGUCGAAUUAAGGCUGAUGUUGAAAAGAGUUUGCCUCCAAAGAAGGAAGUAAAAAUCUAUGUGGGUCUCAGCAAAAUGCAAAGGGAAUGGUAUACUCGGAUAUUAAUGAAGGAUAUAGAUAUACUAAACUCUGCAGGGAAGAUGGACAAAAUGAGGCUACUGAACAUUCUGAUGCAGUUGAGGAAAUGCUGUAAUCACCCAUAUCUCUUUGAUGGAGCUGAACCUGGUCCACCUUACACAACGGACAUGCAUCUAGUUACCAACAGUGGCAAAAUGGUCGUGUUAGACAAACUGCUCCCUAAAUUAAAAGAACAAGGUUCACGAGUACUAAUCUUCAGUCAGAUGACGAGGGUAUUGGAUAUUUUGGAAGAUUAUUGCAUGUGGAGAAAUUAUGAGUACUGUAGAUUGGAUGGGCAGACACCCCAUGAUGAGAGACAAGAGUCCAUCAAUGCAUACAAUGAACCAAACAGCACAAAGUUUGUUUUCAUGUUAAGCACACGUGCUGGUGGUCUUGGCAUCAAUCUUGCUACCGCUGAUGUAGUAAUUUUGUAUGACUCAGAUUGGAAUCCCCAAGUAGAUCUUCAGGCUAUGGAUCGAGCCCAUAGAAUUGGACAAACCAAGACAGUCAGAGUGUUCCGCUUCAUAACGGAUAACACUGUAGAAGAAAGAAUAGUGGAACGUGCUGAGAUGAAACUCAGACUGGAUUCAAUAGUUAUCCAACAAGGAAGACUUGUGGAUCAGAAUCUGAACAAAAUUGGGAAAGAUGAAAUGCUUCAAAUGAUAAGGCACGGGGCAACACAUGUAUUUGCUUCAAAGGAAAGCGAGAUUACUGAUGAGGAUAUUGAUGGUAUUUUGGAAAGAGGUGCAAAGAAGACUGCAGAGAUGAAUGAAAAGCUCUCCAAGAUGGGUGAAAGCUCACUUAGAAACUUUACAAUGGAUACAGAGUCGAGUGUUUAUAACUUUGAAGGAGAAGAUUAUAGAGAAAAACAAAAGAUUGCAUUCACAGAGUGGAUUGAACCACCUAAACGAGAAAGAAAAGCCAACUAUGCUGUUGAUGCCUAUUUCAGGGAAGCUCUUCGUGUCAGUGAACCUAAAGCACCCAAAGCUCCUCGACCUCCAAAACAACCUAAUGUUCAGGAUUUCCAGUUCUUUCCUCCACGUCUAUUUGAAUUAUUGGAAAAAGAAAUUCUAUAUUACAGAAAAACGAUUGGGUACAAGGUGCCUCGAAAUCCUGACCUACCAAAUGCAGCACAGGCACAAAAAGAAGAACAGCUUAAAAUUGAUGAAGCUGAACCCCUUAAUGAUGAAGAGUUAGAGGAAAAAGAGAAACUUCUAACACAGGGAUUUACCAAUUGGAAUAAGAGAGAUUUUAACCAGUUUAUCAAAGCCAAUGAGAAGUGGGGUCGUGAUGAUAUUGAAAAUAUAGCAAGAGAAGUAGAAGGAAAAACUCCAGAAGAAGUCAUUGAAUACUCAGCUGUGUUCUGGGAAAGAUGCAAUGAGCUGCAGGACAUAGAGAAGAUUAUGGCUCAGAUUGAAAGGGGAGAGGCAAGAAUUCAAAGAAGAAUUAGUAUCAAAAAAGCACUUGACACAAAGAUUGGACGGUACAAAGCACCUUUUCAUCAGCUGAGAAUAUCUUAUGGUACUAACAAAGGAAAAAACUACACUGAAGAAGAGGAUCGUUUUCUGAUCUGUAUGCUUCACAAGCUUGGAUUUGACAAAGAAAAUGUUUAUGAUGAAUUGCGACAGUGUAUUCGCAACUCUCCUCAGUUCAGAUUUGACUGGUUUCUAAAGUCCAGAACUGCAAUGGAGCUCCAGAGGAGGUGUAACACUUUAAUUACCUUGAUUGAAAGAGAAAAUAUGGAACUAGAAGAAAAGGAGAAGGCAGAGAAAAAGAAAAGAGGACCAAAACCUUCAACCCAGAAACGUAAAAUGGAUGGAGCACCUGAUGGCCGAGGAAGAAAAAAGAAACUGAAACUAUGAAUACAUAUUUGUUUCAUAAUCACUAACUUUAAACCAGUAGUUCUUUAAUUUACGGGUCUUCAUAAGAUGUACUGUACAAUGCUCAAUUGUUAUGUCAUUCAAAGACAUCAGGUUCAUCUGUUUACCAAGCUAGAAACAUAGUAUGUAGUUUCACUUUUUUAAAUGCAACAGCUGUGCUGAAAUUUUUUUAUCAUUAACACUUGAAGUAAUAAAAUAGGCUUCAUUUAUUAA